AUGUCCGGCCUCACAGGCGCCAACAGCCCAUUCGCGGCGAUGAGCAAGGGCGUGAGCCUGUCGCAGAGCAUCGCGUUCACGGUCGUGUACGCCCUCAUGGGGGCCGCGCUCAUCCUCCGCACAGUGCGCGGUGUCACUCAUAAAGUCGCAUACAUCUGCUUCACGAUUUUCGCUGUUUUCCGCGUCGUCACCUUCAUUCUCAGAGCGGUCAUGUCACAAACAAAACCCACCAGCAAACACUUCCUCGGCGUCCUCAUGGCGUCCGGCAUCGUCAUGGUCGGCGGCUUCCUCCUCCUUGUGGAGGCGGUGUUUUUCCUCAACAUUGACUGGCACUAUGCAAUCCGUGGCCGCGACCGCGAUGCCCGCCGCCGCAACUUCAUGAAGAUCUGCCACGCGAUCGUAGUCAUCCUGACUAUGCUCGGCAUCGUUGGCGCUGUGCUAAUGCUCACGUCACUCACGAAGAAUCCGCCGGACAUGAAGCAGUUCCAGGUAUCUAAAGACCUGCGCAUCGCCUCUGGCUCCCUCUUCCUCGUCUUCUGCGUUGGGGUCAUGGUCCUCCCCAUCGUCAUCUCCCUGCAGACGCCGCACCACUCCCGCAUCCGCCGCUUCCCAAUUACGGUCCUGCUUGUCGUCUUUGGCGCGGCUCUCGUGCUCGAGUGCAUCUACCGCAUAUACUCGGCCGUCAAAACUGAUGGCUUCGUCAUGACCCAGGCGGGUCUCGACGUCUUCUUGGUCCUUCCCGAGUGGCUCAUCCUCUUCCCCUCGAUCAUCCUCCACUUUGACAGCAUGGGCGAGAUGGGGUUCUGGAAGGGCCAGCGUGGUGGUCCGGUCGCCGCGGUCGACAGGGCUGGCGAGGCCGGGUUCAGCGGCGUCGAGACUCGGGACUCGUCCAAGACAGGGUAG